AUGUCCGUGGUGCAGACACCCGGGAGUAGGGUUGUCCCGAGCAGACACCUGCGGCGCGACGGCGCGCCGGCGGCGGUGCGUUCGUACCGGUUCCCGAACGGAACGGAUUUACACGGUGAUGAAGAGGGAUCGUCGUUCAUGGCGGACCCGAUCGACGCCGCGGGGCUCGAGCGCGCGUUCGCUUCGGAUCCGGUGUUGAAGGAGGCGGAACGUGAAAUUUUAAGCAAGACCAACGCACAGCGAAUAGCUGCCGCCGAGCGUGGGGCGUUGUUGGAGCACGGGAAGCAGUUUGAUUCGAUGCUCGGCAUGAAGACGAUUUACUCGUCAGGGUCAGGGGCGAGCGACGACGACGAUAAGGCUUCAACGCAGAGCGUGGCGUACCUGUACCCGGGCAUCGAUGGCGCGUCGAACCGAUCUUACUCGCCGUUCGACCUCACCUUGGACGAGGCGGCGGAAAACUUGCUGUGUGAUUUCGGCGCGCCCAACAUUGACGGUGCGUACGGCUUGAUUGACGACGACGGAUCGGAGAUUUUUGUCCAGCACACGGCGCCGCCGCUCUCUGCUUGGAUGAGCAACGGCAACUUGUGCGGCCUCGACGCUCCGCCUGGACACGAGCCCGCGUGGGCGUCAGGUGGCCGAUCUGAAGCGUACGAGCAUAUCCCUGCCGUCGUGGAGUUUGGCGUUCCGGGACACACCGAGGUGGAGUCCAUCGCUUCUCUGCGCGCGCAGUACCGCGCGUUGUUCGGCAAGGACACCAACUCCAACAACAGGCAAUGGAUUAUCAAACGACUCGAGGCGUUCCGAAACGGAGAUGACCUCACCCCGCCGUCGAGUCGGUAUAGCUCGCCCCUGUCCGGUGAAGACACCUACGUUGGGGGCGCUCGAUUCAAGCAGAGCGUGUCGUCACCCAAGCGCGCCGCCGGCAAACGUCAAGUGAAGUCAGCUCGUUCGCUGUACGACGAAGAGGUGGAUGAACAUGAGAGCGCCAGGCGCGGCGCUGUUAAGGGACGAGGUAAGGUCGUCAAAGGUAAGCGCGUCGCGGAAGCGUCGCUCCCGAAGAGUAACACAAAAAAGGCGAAGAGUGUUAGUGAUGCUGAGUCUGCUGACGGAAGCUCCGCAAAGGGCGGUGCGAGGGGCACCGCAAGGCCAGCCGCCAGAAGUAAGCAAGGUGAGAACGGUACCGGCCGUCGUAGCAAGCACCACAACCCCUGGGCGUUAGAAGAGGCCGAGGCACUCGUGCGAGGCGUCGCGCAGUGCGGUGGCGGGAAAUGGGCUGAUAUAAAAAAGCUUGGCUUCCCGGCGAUCGAACAUCGCACCGCGGUGGACCUCAAGGACAAGUGGCGUAACCUCUUGCGCAUCGCCAUGUUGCCUGCGCAGUCUGUUAAGACUGUGGGCGACAAGAAACGUGAAAUUCCGCAGGAGCUUCUCGCCAAGGUCCGCGAGCUCGCGGCGAAGCAAGCAAAAGCCAAAGCGGCGAUGGAAGCGGCGCGCGGGCGAUGA